CAAGUGAGCUUUUAUCUUCACUUACACUUAGUCUUGUCUAAACCCUUCUUUCUCUCAACUAAUUUCUUAAUUAUGGAUCUCAAAUUUCUCUUAACGGUUACACUAGUCGUCACUUUCUUCGCCGGUGACGUUGAUGGCCAAUCUCCGGCAGUUUCUCCGACCAGUUCUCCUUCUAUAUCUCCUCAAAAGCCUAUAUCCACAGCUCCCGCCAUUUCUCCUGCUUCUCCGUCGCCGAUAUCCACAGCUCCCGCCAUUUCUCCUGCUUCUCCGUCGCCGAUAUCCACUCCCACAGCAGCUCCGGCGAAGGGUCCAGCAGCAUCCCCUUCCAUCGAGGCUCCUAAAUCCUCUGCUUUGGCUCCGGCGAAGACUCCAGCAGCUUCCCCUUCCUCAAUUGAGGCUCCUUCCUCUUCCGUGCCAAUGACGUCUCCUCCUUCUCAUACACCUGAGGUCUCUCCACCGGCUCUUUCACCAGAGGCUGAUUCUACUCCGACCCCUUCACCGGAAACUGAUUCUCCUCCGGCUCCAGUUGUUGCGCCGUCAGCCCAUGCCCCGGCUCCAGCUCCGAGCAAACAUAAGAAGACUAAAAAGACAAAGAAGCACAAGAACGCGCCGGCUCCAGCUCCGGCUCCUGAGCUUCUAAGCCCGCCUGAACCGUCCACGGAAGCUCCUGGACCAAGUGAUGCUUUCGCUCCCGACACGGCCGACGAUCAGAGUGGAGUAGAAAGAACAGCUGUGAUGCAAAAUGUGGUUGUGGGAGCUGUGGCAACAACAGCAUGGGCUCUUCUCGCGCUGGCCUACUAAUAAAUUUUUGGUUUAUUAUGCUUUUAUGUUUCAACAGCUCUCUUGAUUUUUUUUCUAAAUAUUUUUUACCUAGCAUACCGUUGUCUGCCUCGUUACAGCUGCUCACAUAAUUUAUCAGCAUUUGAUAUACAAUUUGGGUUUUUACGUUGUACAAAUAAAUCCAUUUUCCUUU